AGCAGGAAGCGGCGCGGGGCGGGCGGAGGCGCGCGGUCCCGGUGCCCCCCACUGCUGCCCGGGCUGGGCCAUGCGGUGUAUCCUCAUCGCCAGCACUGCGGCCGAGCUGCUCUUCUACUGGGCCGAUGCCGCUUUCCUCCGCCGGCUGCGGACGCCCCACGCCGGGCAGGGCCCGGCGCUGGAGGACAGCCUCAACACCCUCUUCGCCCCCCUCAUCAUCUCCUGCGCGGCACUGCUGGAGAAGCUUGCUGACACCUACACCUGCUUCACUACCGAGCAUGAGCAGCACCUCCACGUUCUGCACAUGUUUGGGGACUGCCUGUACAUCGCAGUGAAUGGUGACGGGACAGAGAGUGAGGACGACCUGCGCCGGACCCUCUUUGUGCUGCGGCGCAUGGUGGAGGCUCACUACGGACUGGUUGCACUUGACUCCCAUCUGGUCCGCAAGGAGUUGCGUCCAGCUGAUUCGGAGCAGCGGGAACGUGUCUGGAGCCUGCUGCGGGGCCUGCUGGAGACCUACAGCUACCUGCGGGAGGAGGACCAGAGCUUUGCAGUGGAGGCUGUGGAGCGGCUGAUCCACCCUCAGCUGUGUGAGCAGUGCAUCGAGUUCCUGGAGAGGCAGGUGGUGCAGUACAUCAACACCAGCCCCGAGCGUGGUGGGGAUGAGGUGGGGCACGCCUUUCUCCUGGUACAUACCAAGCUGCUGGCCUUCUACUCCAGCCGCAAUGCCAGCUCCAUCCGCCCUGCUGACCUGCUCGUCCUCAUCCUCCUGGUGCAGGACCUGUACCCUAGCCAGAGUGCUGAGGAAGAGCUUGGCCCCCAGCCUUCUGCAGGGAAUGUGCCCCUCCAGGGGCCGAAGAGAAGUGAGAGCAUUCCUGUGAGUGGUCUUGGCUCCCACAAUACUGUGGAGAAGGACUUGGAUGAUCAGGACACAGACGAUCAGUCUGUGUCAGAGGUUUACUACACACCUGAGCCCUCGCCAGGCAGGCAGAGCACAGGCAGUGAGAGCUGGUCAGAGGGUGCUGAGAUGCUGAGCACUGGGGAGGCAGACUCUGCAGACGUCCAGAUGGCAGAGGACUUGUUGCAGACCUUGGGGCCUCUUGUCCCUGAAGCUUCAAACCCCCGAAGAAUCUUCCUGGAUGCCAACCUGCGGGAAGGUUACUGCCCCUUGCUGCCACACACCAUGCACUGCCUCCCCCUCUGGCCAGGCAUCUCUCUUGUCCUCCUGACCAAGGGUCCCACAACUCAGGUGGCCAUCACUUUGUAUCAGCUGCUGGAUGGUUUCUUGGUGUUGGAGAGGAAGCUGGAAGAGGGGCCAGAGGCAGGAUCCCCACGCUCCUACCCGUUCCUUGCAGAGCUUCGGCAGCGCAUGGACAAGUUUGUGAAGAAACUGAGUGGGCAGGACAUUCAGUUGCAGAACUCCUGGGUAGACUUCAAGAACAAGAUAUUUUCCAGGAGUGAGCCUGGCAACUCCCUGGAGCUGCUGCAGGCAGUGACCAAUGUGAAGCGUCAGCUCUGUUCUGUGUACCGCCGGCUCUUCCUGGCCUCCAGCAGCCACAGCCUGUCCCAGGGGCUGCGCGCCCGCACGCAGAAGCUCAUGAGGGAGAAGCUGCUGGACUGGAGGGACUUCCUGCUGGUGAAGAGCAGGCGCAAUAUCACCAUGGUGUCGUACCUGGAGGACUUUCCUGGCCUGGUGCACUUUAUCUAUGUGGACCGCACAGCUGGGCAGAUGAUGGCACCGUCACUCACCAUGACAGAGAAGUCCAGCUCAGAGCUAGGCAAGGCCCCCCUGGCCACCUUCAUCAAGAGGAAGGUCUGGUCCCUGAUUGCACUGGCCAGGAGAUACUUACAGAAGGGCUACACAACACUCAUGCUGCAGGAUGGUGACUACUGCUGCUCCUACUUCCUUUGGUUUGAGAAUGAGGUGGGCUACAAGCUGGAAGUGAUAGAGGUGCCGGUUCUCUCUGAUGAUUCUGCUCCCAUUGGGAUGCUGGCAGUAGACUACUACAGGAAGCUGCUGCGUUACUACAGCAAGAGCCACCAGGCAGAGAUGGUGAAAUGCUACGAGCUGCUGACUGUACACUUGGGCAUCAUCCCCUCCGAGCUUGUGGUCCAGCAGGCCUGUGACUUAGCCCGGCGCCUCUGGGAGCCCUCCCGCAUCCCUCUGCUCUGAGAUGUCUCCAGCUACCUCGGGACCAGGAUUAAAGUGGGUGCCUGGGUGUGCCCAGCACCUGGGCUGUUUUCUGGGUGUCUGCACACUGUUGGCUAUGUCUGCAGGCAGGCACGAGCAGCCUUGCUUUCCUCCAGCCUGUCUGGGACUAGCACUGCCUGCCUCCUGCUUCCCAGCAGCCUCCAAGGACAAUCAGAGAGUGGGGCUGAGAGGUAGCUGGCAAAUCACCAUCUUGCUGAAAAAUACAUUUCUAAAGCAGGAUUUAUAUCACAGGCCUGGCAUUGCCACUAGGCUAUGGCCAGAGAACAAAAUGGUGUAGGCAGGUCUGCAUGGAGGAAUGGCCCAGGGUGUGUCACUCUCCUCCCUCAUCCCCACAUACAGGGUGCUUGGCCCUCAGGGGCUUGGCAUGCUCUGGAGAAGUACAGCCUGUCCUGCACCUCCUUCCCCAUGCUCAGACGUUCAGGCAUCAUUCAGCUCAGUUGAGCUCAGCUGUGAACAGGGAGUAAAGCCAAGCUAGCUAAUACGUUUCCUGGGCAUGGGUGGGCUUGGCGCAUGUGCAAACCCCGUGGGCAUAGCUGGGGAUGAGGCCAUCCCCAAGGGACUCUGGCAGACACUGCCCCUUUUCAGUCUGUGCUGGUCACUGGGGCUGAGAAUGGUAGUUCAGAGAGCACUGGACCAUGGCAAAGCCUUUGCCCUGUCCUGAUGGGCAAGAAUUUGCCCUUCUGAGCAAGACUGCUUGGUUUGGGUCAAG